GGAAUUCGGAAAAGAAUUUCGAAAAAAUCAUAACAUUUGCGAACACUGGUAUUAAAGUGGAUUUAGAUAAAGAAGUAAUCAUUCUUUCUCCGCUACCAGGAACCGAAAGUGAAACUCGUAUUUAUAAGCACUGUUGUUAUGAAUAUUUCAAGAAUUUCAUCCUCCAAAGCAAAAAAUAUAAGCGCUACUGUAUCACUGGGAACCCAGGAACCGGAAAAACUUUUAUCGGACGUUUUAUUAUGUGUGUUUUGCUAAAGGAACAUCCGUACCUGAUUACUCGUAAUAAGAAGGAUGUUUUUGAUGUGGAAUGGGUUCAACCAGAGUAUUAUGCUGAUGUUGCAGAAAGAGAAAAAGUAUGGUGUAUCAUUGAUGAAAAUGAUUUGGAAAGAUGUCGAUCUUUGAUCUAUCCUCAUGAAUUUUAUGAACUAUGUGGUGGUAUUCCAAGAAUCAUCUUCAAAUUCAUGUUAGAUAAGAUAGAUAAAAUGAUUGCAGCUUCUAUUAACAAAGUCAACACUAACAUACACAGAUUUAUUGAAACACUCAACGAAGGGGAUGACUACAGUCAUAACCUUAUACAUAUUUACACCAAUAAUGAAAAAAUGAAUGUUAGCAAUAUCAGUAGGCUUACUUUCAUCAGUCACCCUUAUACUUUUUGUGAGUUAAAAUUCACUUCAACAAUUAUUGGUGAUAAAGUUUUUGCAAAACUAAAAGCAUAUUACAAGGAGGAAACAUACAAGUUUGUUUUUGCAUCAUCAUCUGUACCAUUAUUAAGUUCUAUACGUGGUUAUAUGUUUGAGAUUAUAGCAUAUAAUGAACUCAGUACUGAUGACAUUGAAGAUAAUAAAUAUUGUAAAUUAGUAGCUAAAAACUUUAAGACAAUUGAUGCCAUCUAUAUUGAAAGAAAAUACGAUAUGACAUUUCAAAUAACAGUAGAAAAAUCACACAAUAUAAAACAACAUAGAUAUGAUUUAUUAUAUGAAAAGCUAGGUGAAACAACAAUUCACAGUGAGAAGGAAAAAAAUGGUCAAGCUAAAGAUGUAGUGAAUGUUAGAUCAUGGAUCAAAAAAAGUGUAACACAGUAUGCAUUACUUUUAGAU